UGUUUUGGAAAAAGUAUCAUCACGUGAUCAGUAACUGAAAAUGGCAUCGACUAUUUCUAUCCCUCGACGUCUUCCACUUUUAGUUGUUGCUGACAAUGUACUUCUGCCAGGCUCAUCGAUGCGAAUACCAGUGAGAAAUAUGAAAAAUAUGAAUAUGGUUAAAAGUAGAUUGAUGAGUAGAAGUACACUGAGCAGUACCAUAAUAGGAGUUAUUCCACAAGAGUCGAAGGAUGAUCAAGAAGAUGACAUGUCCUCACUACAUUCUAUUGGUACGGCAGCAGUAGUUGUACAAGUGACAGGCACCAAUUGGCCACGCCCAUCUUAUACAUUACUUGUGACUGGCCUAUGCAGGUUUAAGAUGGAAACUUUAUUACAAGAGUCACCUUAUAUUGUAGCAUCAGUUACACAAUUGGACAAACUUUCUGAAGAUUUUGAUGAAUUUACUAAGAAACAUGGAGGAGAUCUUGACAACUUGGCAGAUAAUUUCCGAGAACAAGCAGGAAAGCUUGUUGAUAUGUUAGAUAUUUCUAUACCUGUGGUAGCUAAACUUAAGAAAAUGCUGGAGAAUUUACCCAGCCAACAUUUACCUGAUAUUUGUGCUGCUAUAGUUAAGGCAUCCUAUGCAGAGAAGAUUCAGGUGCUUGAUGCUGUGGAUCUUAAUGAAAGAUUUAAAAAGGCUCUUCCAUUACUGAUGAGACAAAUAGAGGGACUGACAUUGCUCCAGAAAGCCAGGAAAGAUAGAGUAGGUGUGGAAAUAGUUGCUCGUAAGAAGGGUGAUCCAUUUGGUCGUCCAGGCAAUAUGAAAAGAGCACUUAAUAAGAUUUCCACUGACCUCGAUGAUGAAGAUGAUGCUGACAGUGAUGAAAUAAAUGACCUUGAACAAAAAAUUAAAUCUGCUCACAUGCCAGAGCAUGCUUUGAAGGCUGUAACGAAAGAAAUCAAAAGAUUAAAGAAGAUGCCACAACAGAUGCCAGAGCAUGCUAUGAUCAGAAACUAUUUGGAAUUAAUGUCAGAACUUCCAUGGUCGAAAUCUAGUAAAGAUAUCUUAGACAUUGAACAGGCAAGGCGUGAUUUGGAUGUUGACCAUUAUGGAUUGGAGAAAUUGAAAAAGAGAGUUCUUGAAUAUUUUGCAAUAAGACAAUUAAAGAAUUCAUUAAAAGGACCUAUACUAUGUUUUGUUGGUCCACCUGGUGUGGGGAAAACCAGUAUAGGCAGAUCAAUUGCUCAAACUCUGGGUAGAGAAUUUCACAGAAUAUCCCUUGGAGGUGUUUGUGACCAGUCAGACAUCAGAGGUCAUAGAAGAACAUACAUUGGGUCAAUGCCGGGCAGAAUUAUUCAUGGAAUUCAAUUGGUUGGAACAAAUAAUCCUGUAUUUUUACUGGAUGAAGUUGAUAAAUUGGGGAAGUCACUCCAUGGUGACCCUGCUGCUGCUCUGUUGGAGGUACUAGAUCCUGAACAGAACCAUACUUUUACAGACCAUUAUUUGAAUGUUCCUUUUGACCUUUCACAAGUGUUGUUCAUAGCAACAGCAAACAACAUGGCCACCAUCCCUGCAGCAUUAUUAGACAGAAUGGAAUUGAUUCAGAUACCAGGGUAUACACAGGAAGAGAAAUGUAACAUAGCAACCAGACAUCUUAUAUCAAAACAGUUCAAAGAGCAUGGAUUGACCGCUGAGCAGUUACAAAUACCUGUAGAUUCAACUAAAAUGAUAAUAUCAAAAUAUACACGCGAAGCUGGAGUGAGGAACCUAGAGAGGAAAAUUGGUGCAGUGUGUAGAGCUGUUGCUGUCAGGGUCGCUGAAGGAAUGUCAAAAUCCAAACAGGAAAAACAGGAAACUCCUAAAUCGGAAGAAAAAAAGCAGGUCAUCAAUAAUAGCUUACCAGAGAACCUAUCCCAGGAUGCCACUACAAUGGCACAUCCACCAGAAAUGCCAAUUUGUAUUGAUGAAGCUGCCAUCAAAGAUAUUCUAGGGCCACCCCAGUUUGAGAGUGAAGUAUCUCAAAGACUUGUACAACCUGGUGUUGCUGUAGGCUUAGCCUGGACAGUAAUGGGUGGAGAAAUUAUGUUUGUUGAGGCCACUAGGAUGGAUGGAGAAGGAAAACUCAUUCUGACUGGACAGCUUGGUGAUGUGAUGAAGGAAUCGGCUAACCUGGCUAUGAACUGGGUUAGGGCUAAUGCAAAGAAGCUGACUUUUGGAAAUGGCAAGAGUCUAUUGGCAGGAAAAGAUAUACACAUCCAUUUUCCUGCCGGUGCUGUAGGCAAGGAUGGACCAUCUGCUGGAGUUACCAUAGCUACAGUUUUAGUCUCUUUAUUCAGUGGAGAACUGGUUAGAUCAGACACAGCAAUGACAGGGGAAAUAACUCUCAGAGGAUUGGUACUUCCUGUUGGUGGGAUUAAGGAGAAAGUACUUGGAGCACAUAGAGCUGGUAUUAGAAGAGUUAUCCUUCCUAAGAGGAAUAUGAAAGAUUUAUAUGAGAUCCCUAAUAAUGUCAAGGGUGAGAUGUCUUUCAUAUUUGCCAGUCAAUUAGAGGAUGUAUUGAAUGCAGCAUUUGACAAUGGAUUUCCAGCACUACCUACGGAAGAGGUUACACCAAGUAAAUUGUGAGGCUCUGAAGAAAUUGAAUAUUCAACACCCAGGAAAUGAAAAUAAAGACAAGAAAUAUCACUUCAAAGAUGGCAUGACAUUAUUUAUAUACAGAAGUUUCUUCAUCAUGUGUUCAUUAUUAAUCAGAAAUAGUUUUUGAGUUUUAAUUAUUUAGAUAGUCCUACUUUUACUUUGUUCAUGUAGUGGGAGCUGAGUAAAUUAAAGGGAGAUAAUUAUAAUUUAAAAUUGUUGAACUUUGAUUUAGAAUUGAAUGACAAUGAUGAAGAUGGACAAUUGUUGAU